AUGGCUGUUGACGGUAAAGAAGACAAUGCCAAAGAGACUCAGCCUCAGGCUAACGACCAAUCGGCGGCAGCAGCCAACGAAGAAACCAAGAACCUAAGCAUCAAUGAAACAAAAACUACCGACGAAAACAAAAAUGAAAACGAAGGCAAGAACCAAACCGCCAACAAAAAAGACGAGACCAACGAAAAGCCUCACGUGAAGGAAAUCAUCGAGACGUACGAGACACUUUCCUCACCGAUCGCCUCGAAAAACGAGCGAUCGAGCGACGACGACGACGGCGAGAUCACUCCACCGAUCCCCAACCUAACCGAUUCCGAAAAGAAGGCAUUAAUCGACCUCCGCUCGAAACUCGAGCACAACAUCCUCUCCAACGCCACGUCAUCAUCCGAAAAUGACGGAAAUGCCCCCGAGCCAGGCCACAACGUCUCCCUUUGGGGCGUUCCCCUGCUUCCGAGCGCGAAAGACGAGCGAACAAACACGCUCCUCCUCAAGUUCCUCCGAGCCCAAGAAUUCAAGACCGACGAGGCCCUCGAGAUGCUUAAAAAAACGCUCAUCUGGCGAAAGGCGAAUAAAAUCGACUCGAUUAUGGGCGAGGAUUUGAUGGUCGACGAGCUUUUCGGCUCGGUUGCGUUCGUGAAGGGGAAGGAUCGGGAGAGCCACCCGAUAUGCUACAAUGUGUACGGAAUUUUCGCGGACGAGAAAAUUUACGAGAAAACGUUCGGUGAUGAGGGUUGUCGGGAGAAGUUUCUUCGGUGGAGGAUGCAGUUAAUGGAGAAGGAGGUCUCGAGGCUCGAUUUUCUCCCGGGAGGGAUUUCGACGGUUCUUCAAGUCAACGACCUGAAGAACGCGCCGUGGCCGUCGAGGAAAGAUCUCAGGCACGCGACAAAACGGGCUCUCGGGAUUUUUCAGGAUAAUUACCCAGAGUUCGUGGCGAAAAACAUUUUCAUCAACGUGCCGUUUUGGUAUUACGCUUUCAAUGCGCUCUUGUCGCCUUUCUUGAUGCAAAGAACCAAGAGCAAGUUCGUUUUCAGCCGCCCGUCGAGGGUUACCGACACACUUCUCAAGUACAUUGCUGCAGAGGAAAUCCCUAUCUCGUAUGGAGGGUUAAGAAUGGAAAACGACCCGGAUUUUUCAACUCAAGACUCUGCUCACGAGGUCGUUAUCAAAGCCGGUGCAACUGGAACUGUCGAAAUCCCGGCUCCCGAGGUUGGAAAUACUUUGAUAUGGGACCUGACUAUAACAGGGUGGGAUGUACAUUAUAAGGAGGAAUUCGUGCCGACUGACGAAAGCUCGUAUACUGUGAUCGUGAAGAAGGGCCGAAAAAUAAGCUGGCAAGACGAACCUAUUCGCAACACGUUCAAGAACAAAGAGCCUGGAAAAAUCGUGAUCACCAUUGAGAACGGGAUUUUCAAGAAGAAGCGUAUUUUGUACAGGUACAAGGCUAAGAAUGAGGAGUUAAUUUCCUCUUCAGAUUGAGUAAUAGGAGUUUAAUGUUAUUUGAUUUCUGACAUUUUUUUUUUUUAAUUGUGCUUUUGUAUUGUGGUUUUGGAAUGUUGAAAUAAGGC